AUGGUGUCUCCACCGCCGCCGGAGUCACCGCUAGGGAAGGAGGACAUAGAGGACGCCGGCCCCUCCACCCCUCCCCGAUCUCCUCGAACGCCCACCAGGCCCCCACGACCACGCCCGCCGCGACAACCAGUUCGCUGCGUCUCGCUAGACGUCUGCCGACCGCAACAGCCCACGCAUCCCGCAUUAGACCGGAUAGAGGAGGAUGCCUCGCCGACGAAACCGCAGCCCGGAUCGCCGGUCGCGUUCUCGACGCCAUCGCCGCCGUCUUCCCCGACUCGACCCCGCGCCAGCUCGAGCGUCAAGUCCGACCGCAACUCUGACCAGUCACGACCGUUAUUCCCGCCAAAGGCGUCUGCGGUUCCCGACCACCUGAAGCCGGGGAGGCGGCGCGCGCACACCGUCUCUGUGACGAUGCCGUGGCGGAGGGGUUAUGCGCCGCUGCCGGACGACCCUGAGACGGCGGUGGGGCCGCGAGCGCGCUCGGGAAGUCACCACAGUCACCACAGCCACCACGACGUCGCAGACAACAGGGGCGAGCUGCACGACGAUGUGGUGGGCUUACUCGACUGCGUCGACCCCGAGGUCGGCACUGUCAACCAUCUGCAGAACAUGACGAACGCGAUCAUGUUCCCGCCCAUCCCUGGCUUAUACUCGCGCCGGCCGAAUGUGUGCCUCUCCAACGACGACGACGAGGACACGGUGCCGACGCUCGCGUCGCAGCCGAAGCCGGCUAAGGAGUCCAAGCUGCGACUGGGUCGACACCGCGCCGAGAGCGCCCCCGUCUCGCUGCGUCCGCCCCUGGCGAGCCAGAGCAGCGACGAGGACCUGCACCGCACCGCGACCGAGGACGCGGGAAUAGCCAAGGUCGAGCUCGACGCCGACGACAAGCUGCGUGCCCACGUCGACGAGGACAUGACGCACGAGCUGGACGCCCACAUGCGCAAAGUCCUGCUCCGGCGGAAGCGGCGGGACAAGCUGAAAUCCGCCCUGCGCGGCCUGUGGGCGUACCUGAAGACGCCGAUGGGCAUCGUGACUGCGAUCUACGGCUUUCUCGUCGCGUUCUGGGGUGCGGCGAUCGUGCUGUUUUUGCUGGGGUGGAUCCCGACCUCGUCAAAACACGCACAGGACAAGUGGGUCGAGAUCUCGUCCCAGGUCACGAACGGCUUGUUCACCGUCACGGGCGUGGGCCUGAUCCCCUGGCGCGCGAUAGACACGUACCGCAUGUCGCGGAUCUGGAUGCUGCGUUCGCGGGUGCGGAAACGGCGCGCAAAGCUCGGCCUCUCGGAGAUCAAGGACUGGAACGAUCUGCCCGAUCCAGCCACCGUGCCGGGGUACGUCAACGUGCUCUCGGAGAAGGAGCAGGCCGAGCUGGAACACCAGCAAUCCGCCUUCCAAGCGUCACAAACGUGGUAUAGGCCGCAUGCCACGCCAACACAUACGGCGUUCCCGAUGGCGUGGGCGCUGUGGAACACAAUCCUGAUGGACCUGAACUCCUUCUUCCAGUGCAUCCUCUGCGGCUGCAUGUGGGGCAUGAACUACCACGUCCGCCCGCCCUGGACGACCGGCACGCUGAUCCCGCUGAGCUUUCUGUGUGGCAUCGGCGCCGCGAUCCUGAUCUGGCAAGGGGGCGUGCGCACCAAGAAGACGAAGGAGGUCGAGAAUAAACUGUCCAGGGCGCUGGGUGUUGAGGGCCCUCCUUCGGCUGACGUGGAGAAGGGACGGCCGCGCGCUGCGACCGUUGGCACGGAGAGGCCCAGCCUCGAUGUCAAGCCGAAGCCUCUCGUUGAGGGUAGGGCGCCCGCGCGCCGAGCUACCGUCGAUGUCGCCCCCGGCUCGGUGACGGUUAGCCAUCUCGCGCCCCUGGCUGAGAUGGCUGAGACGGCUGAGACGGAGGAAAUGGACAGUCCAGAGCCUAGCCCGGGGGAGAAACACGUCGAGCUUGGCGAGAUUGACCUCGCCCUGCCCCCCGUGCCCGAGAUCAGCGCGAUCGAGCUCCCCGGGCUCAACCCCAAGCGCGCCUCGACGUAG